CAGCUGCUCCGGAGGCUGAGACAGGAGAAUGGCCUGGACCCAGGAGGCGGAGGUUGCAGUAAGCCGAGAUCGUGCCACUUCACUCCAGCCUGGACAACAGAGUGAGACUCUGUCUCGAAAAAAAAAAAGGACAAAAUGCUGUAGGAUUCCACUGAUAUGACGUACCUGGAGUCAGCAGAGCCACAGAGACAGAUGGUAGAAUGCCCGCAGGGCCCCGGAGCCCGGCUUCCAGGAGCGCUUCUUCCAGCAGCGUCUGGACCACUUCAACUUCGAGCGCUUCGGCAACAAGACCUUCCCCCAGCGCUUCCUGGUGUCGGGUUCUGGGUCCGGGGCGAGGGGCCCAUCUUCUUCUACACUGGGAACGAGGGCGACGUGUGGGCCUUCGCCAACAACUCGGGCUUCGUCGCGGAGCUGGCGGCCGAGCAGGGGGCUCUACUGGCCUUCGCGGAGCACCGCUACUACGGGAAGUCGCUGCCGUUCGGUGCGCAGUCCACGCAGCGCGGGCACACGGAGCUGCUGACGGUGGAGCAGGCCCUGGCCGACUUCGCAGAGCUGCUCCGCGCGCUACGACGCGACUUCGGGGCCCAGGAUGCCCCCGCCAUCGCCUUCGGUGGAAGUUAUGGGGGGAUGCUCAGCGCCUACCUGAGGAUGAAGUAUCCCCACCUGGUGGCGGGGGCGCUGGCGGCCAGCGCGCCCGUUCUAGCUGUGGCAGGCCUCGGCGACUCCAACCAGUUCUUCCGGGACGUCACGGCGGACUUUGAGGGCCAGAGUCCCAAAUGCACCCAGGGUGUGCGGGAAGCGUUCCGACAGAUCAAGGACUUGUUCCUACAGGGAGCCUACGACACGGUCCGCCGGGAGUUCGGCACCUGCCAGCCGCUGUCAGACGAGAAGGACCUGACCCAGCUCUUCAUGUUCGCCCGGAAUGCCUUCACCGUGCUGGCCAUGAUGGACUACCCCUACCCCACUGACUUCCUGGGUCCCCUCCCUGCCAACCCCGUCAAGGUGGGCUGUGAUCGGCUGCUGAGUGAGGCCCAGAGGAUCACGGGGCUUCGAGCACUGGCAGGGCUGGUCUACAACGCCUCGGGCUCCGAGCACUGCUACGACAUCUACCGGCUCUACCACAGCUGUGCUGACCCCACUGGCUGCGGCACCGGCCCCGACGCCAGGGCCUGGGACUACCAGGCCUGCACCGAGAUCAACCUGACCUUCGCCAGCAACAAUGUGACCGAUAUGUUCCCCGACCUGCCCUUCACUGACGAGCUCCGCCAGCGGUACUGCCUGGACACCUGGGGCGUGUGGCCCCGGCCCGACUGGCUGCUGACCAGCUUCUGGGGGGGUGAUCUCAGAGCCGCCAGCAACAUCAUCUUCUCCAACGGGAACCUGGACCCCUGGGCAGGGGGCGGGAUUCAGAGGAACCUGAGUGCCUCAGUCAUCGCCGUCACCAUCCAGGGGGGAGCGCAUCACCUCGACCUCAGAGCCUCCCACCCAGAAGAUCCUGCUUCCGUGGUUGAGGCGCGGAAGCUGGAGGCCACCGUCAUCGGCGAGUGGGUAAAGGCAGCCAGGCGUGAGCAGCAGCCAGCGCUGCGUGGGGGGCCCAGACUCAGCCUCUGAGCACAGGACUGGAGGGGUCUCAAGGCUCCUCAUGGAGUGGGGGCUUCACUCAAGCAGCUGGCGGCAGAGGGAAGGGGCUGAAUAAACGCCGGGAGGCCUGGCCAUGUA